CAAAUCAUUAGCAAUGCAAAGUCAUGGUGCUCUGAUACUCUUGUUCACAGUCACAGAUUGAAAAAAAAAAUCUGCUAACUUAAAUGUUUCUGGAUGUACUUCAUUCAGAACUGCAGCUGAAGACCCGGAACCAAAGAUGAACUGGGCAUCAUUCUAUGCCGUCAUCAGCGGCGUGAACCGACACUCCACCGGCAUCGGCCGCAUCUGGCUCUCCGUCCUGUUCAUUUUCCGCAUCCUGGUCCUGGUGGUGGCAGCCGAGAGCGUGUGGGGGGACGAGAAGUCCGGCUUCACCUGCAACACCCAGCAGCCGGGCUGCAACAGCGUCUGCUACGACCACUUCUUCCCCAUCUCCCACAUCCGCCUGUGGGCGCUCCAGCUCAUCCUGGUCUCCACCCCGGCCCUGCUGGUGGCCAUGCACGUGGCCCACCGUCGCCACGUCGACAAGAGGCUCUACAAGCUGUCGGGGCGGACCAACCCCAAAGACCUGGAGCAGAUAAAGACCCAGAAGAUGAAAAUCACAGGCGCUCUGUGGUGGACGUACGUCAUCAGCCUGCUGUUCCGCAUCAUCUUCGAAGUCAUUUUCAUGUAUAUGUUUUACAUGAUUUACCCUGGUUACAAGAUGAUCCGGCUGGUGAAGUGUGACUCGUAUCCCUGCCCCAACACAGUGGACUGCUUUGUGUCGAGGCCCACAGAGAAGACUGUCUUCACCGUGUUCAUGCUCGCCGCGUCGGGGGUUUGCAUCCUCCUCAACAUAGCAGAGGUGGUCUUCCUGGUGGGGAAAGCCUGCGGCAAGCAGCUUCACAAUGCUGGAGACUCCACUUUGGGAGCCUGGAUCCAACAAAAGUUCUGCUAGUACUAACGCAUCCAGAAGAUUCAGUACCGCUGCAAAGGGUCACAUAAGCGUGGUUUCACCUCUAAGAUAGCCAAGCGCCUGGUUCCCGUGUGAGAAUAAAAACGUAGAAUCCAGUUUUCACACCAGCAGUUCAGGUGUUAAUGAGCAUUGAUAAGUUACCAAAAGCAACGUACAGUACACAGCAGCACUUUCUACUGACAUGAUUUUAAACCUCAUUUGUUAAGCCGACUAAAGAGUAGUUAAGUAACAUUUUCAUAUCUUGAAUAUAUCAUGAACGAUCUUACAUAUCCUAAAGUGGGAUUAUUUAUUGUAGAAAGGGGACCCCAUUCUGUUUUAAAUCAUCAUUUGUUUUGAAAUGUGUGUCGAUGUCAUGAUAUUGUCUUAUGGGUAUUUAAUGAAUAAUAUUUCACUAUUUAUUUCAAAAAGAAUAAUCACCAACUUUUUUAUUUUUUCUAAAAUGACUAUGACUUGAAUCUAAACAACAGGAGGAGGAUUUAUUUUCCUUCUCUUCAGCUGUUUCUGGUGAGAUAUUAAACUAAUAUUUGGUGAUGAUUGUCACAGUGUUUGCGUUAUACAGACUCUUGAUGGUUGCAUAUGUUCAUGUAUAAAUAAAGCCAAUUUA